GCAUGCGAAAUACACCUCUUCAUUUAAACCCGCGUGUUCGUUGUUCCUAAAGGUUGUACGCGCAUUGCUCUUGUGCGGAUGUGAUCGGUGAAAUGCGCAUUUGAUUCGGCCUAUAUGUUCCGCUAUUGUCCGAUCGGAUGGUUCGGACUGUACGGGAUGUAAUAACGGAUGCGAGGCCCGUCGUAGAAUUCCCAGAAAUAAAAUUGCGGUUUUUUUUUUUUUUUGGUUGUUGUUGUUCAUUGGUGUUAUUUCGUUCGUUAAUAUUAAUAUCCGUGUGACAUGAAUCGCGAUCAGUGCACUGAAUCCCAAACGCUAGUGUGCAAUGUGUGUUCUGCGCGUUCCUUCGACGAUCGGCUCCGACGGUCCGCACAGUGGCCUAUAAACCACCUCGGAACGGGAACCUCGCCGCCUCUGACAUGCCGGAGAAAAGGAGGAAAGGAGCACGUCAAGUUGUUUUCGGGGAGUUGUUUUUCUGUAUUAAGUGGAGACGGAGAGAAACGAGGCGUUUUAUUGCGUCGUGGAACGGAAAGCGGGCUCUCUUUGUGAUGCUGCCACGAAAAACGAUCGUUUCGCCCCUAAAUCAACAGCAGCCGACAUGAGCUUAAUAAUUCUAAUAUCUUGGAGGAUGACUUCAGCUGAACGUUUUGACCAAGCAGGCGUUGUACAGGGACGUGUUUUAAACAUGCGCAACACGCAAGCACGCAAUGCCGAAACCACACGACAAGGCUUUUUAUAAAUAACAAGAGAAGAUUACAAACAUAUCCCUGGCUCCAAGUUUAAGAAAAUAGGUGUUUAACUUGAUUAAAAUUUGUGUAAUUAGCUCCAAAGGAAUUAAUCAGAUUCCAUCAGGUUUCAUUUACAGAAAAGCUUCUCCAACAGACCACAAAAAUGUCGUAAUCCUCAAAAAUUAAAUCCCAUGAAUUAAUUUGCAUAAUAGACCCGUGUGACCAAAUUGUCUGCAUUCGAGUUUUAAAAAACUUUUGUGAAAAAUGCAGUAGGAAGGAGGACGAAUCUAGCUAACAAGCCACUAUAUUUCACUGUUCUUUUACUAUUUGUUUUGUUCGAAACGUUCCGUUUAAAAUUGAUACUAAUAUCACAUCUAUAAUAUGUGAAUAUUUCAUCAUAAUUAAAAUACUACAGUAAAGUAAAAUAAUAUCAAUGAUAAUGGAUUGCUAAAUUCCAUUGGUCCCCCGCUAAACGAACGCUUGGUAAUUCAUCUGGCAGCUUGAGACUGUCACACAUUUUUUCUUGAGCAAUACAUUAAUGGAGGAAAAUCAUGUUUAGGACGUAGUGGGCUCGAGCGAACGGUGACGGUAUAAAAAUGAUGGAAAAACGGCAGCCGGAGUUUCGCCCUGGAAGUCCUGGUGAAGAGUCCGGUCCUGGAAAGCGGGAGGACUCUUCCGUCGUCUCCCGACUGAACGGAUGCAAGGAAGAAGAGGAGCCGAGGAGGGAGGCGGGGGAGAAGGGGAGGGGAGGGAGCUUCAGGGGGGUUGAGGAGAGGGAUGACGCUCCUCUGCAGAACUCGAGCAACGGGACCAGCAUCAGCAUCAUCAUCAACGGCGUUGCCAAGGAAACUGCCUCUCACAACGCCCUUGACCUGAAAAGGGAAGUGCCGGUGAUCGAGCUCUCCAGGAGGGACGCUAUAAAAGCGGUGGAGCAGAGGACUGAGAGCCAUUUGGUGCCGAUCACGGAACUUCGCAGACCUCCACCGCUGCCGCUACCGCCGCCGCAACGAGACGACGCUCGAAUGGUCCAACUGAGCCCAAACGCGUUUCCUGUCCCGGCCCGGGCCAUGCUCUACAACCUGGCGCAGCCUCUCGCCGCCAUCAACAGUCUCGGAGGGGAGUCGGAGCAGUACAGCAUGUACCCCAGCAACAGGGUAAAGCGCCGCCCGGCGCCUUAUGAGGUUGAACUCGACGAGGGUAGGCGCAAUUUAUAUCUUUAUAAGUAUGCUGGCCAACCAAAGAUUGUACGUCGUAUCUUCACAAACAGUCGGGAACGCUGGCGGCAGCAGAACGUAAACGGGGCGUUUGCCGAGCUUCGCAAACUCAUCCCCACUCAUCCCCCAGACAAGAAGCUGAGCAAAAAUGAGAUCCUGCGGCUCGCCAUGAAGUACAUCAGCUUCCUCUCCAAUCUCCUGGAGGACCAGGACGGCGGGAGGAAUGGUGGCACCACAACCGAUGGGGAAACGGCGCUGCUGGUUGGAGUCGGGGCCCACGAGGGCGGCCCUCAGGGUGGUCCACAUCAGGACACGGUGGUCGGCUUGGCCAGGGACGAUCUUCUGGAGACCAUGUCGCCAGGCUCAAGCUGUGGCAGCCUGCCUGACGGUGACGCCGAGGGCAGUCCCGAGAGCUUUAUGGAGGACCAGGACUCUCCUCCAGCUCCGAGGACUCUAACGGCUUCACGUGGGCCCGCGCUGCAUUUAGCUGCUAGAGAUCUUAGGCGCAAUGGCCGCCCUUUAGAUGGCUCCAGUCGCCGAUGAUGUCGAUGCCAACGGACCACGGUCGCAACGCCUGAGACUGAAAUGCGAGGGACUGGAAAAGCUGUGUCUGUGCUCAGGACCUGUUAGCUUUGAGCUGUAAAUGUAGGAAAGAGAAUCAAGCUGCAUCUAAUGAGAUAGUGGUGUACCUUCCUGUCUCCGCAGUAUACACCUGAGGGAGCACUCACCAUAUGAUUGGUGAAUGUUUAAAUUUGAUCCAACAAAAGACUCUUUCUGCAUGCGGUUUAUAACUGUCCCAAGUUAGUCCAAUGGCAGGAUAUUCUAAACUAAUAAAGAAAGAAAGGAAAAGGAAAUAAAGAACUAAAGCAAACUAAACCAAAUCAACAAAUGAUCAAUCCAGAGACACUCGAUUUCGAUAUGUAAUACGAAAGUUUGGACCAAUGCUUUAAUAGAAUACCAUCGAGUAGAAUAUAACACGGCCAACCCUGGAGAUUUAGGUCCAACAAAUGUUAUAAGAAUAAAGACACAAGAGUAAGUUUGGCUUAGUUGGAGGCCGUAAAUGAACCGAGCGGACUCUAUUGUACCCAUGCAGAAAUGUAUGUAUUGUAAAUAGCAUUAUAUUUCCAUGGCACUAUGUAACAACAGUGACUCGAGUUCAAGUCAUGUGGUUUAAGAUGUACUAUAGUGUGUUUGUCAAUUGGUUUACUAGCAAAACGGUCCUUUGGGAGGCAUGAAACAAAAAGGAAGAGAGACGGAAGGCAGAGAGCUUAAAAAGUAAAGAAACAACUGAACGCAGUACAUCAAAUGUGGUACCAUUGACUUCUGUUACACUUUGGUGAUGAGAAAAAGACACCAAAUACAGCGACAGACAGUUAAACAUUUUCACUGCCGGGAAAGAAAAUAUCUAUUAUCGAUUUUGCGGAGGUACAAGACAUGCAGUGUUUUUUAAAGUGUACAAAAUAUGGGUCAUAUGAUAUUAUGAAGUGACUCAUGCAGUCAUUUUGAUAUGAAUGUUUCAGUGUUUUUUUUAAACUGUAAUGCAGUUGUAGUUUAGUAAGGUACACAAAUAAAUCCCUUCAUUGCCGCAUACUUAUACACGUGCACAGAGACACGCACACACAUGCAGUGUUAAUAUCAUAACAACACCAGCAGUUUUCUGAUUAAUACAGUUAAGGUUUGCUCACUGUUGUUGGUUAUUCUGCUUUUUCAGCGGGACCUAGUAGCCUAUAUUGGUACCUUUGGUAACUAUGGUAUUUUAUGAAUUGCAGUAAAGGGACAUUGUAUGUUUGGUAAUGAUAUACAGUAUUUGGUGUAUGAUAGCUGUAUCUAUAAAUAUAUCCAAUGUUAAAUUGCUGAAUUUUAUACAAAACCCCUGAAUAAAACAUGCUGAGGAAAAGCCUUGUAGUUGA